AGGGGGCUUUCGGCGAGCCGGAAACCGGAAGUGCCGGUUUGGGAGGUGAUGACGUGUAAAGGCGCGCUUUGAGAGCCAGAGUCCAGACCAAGGAGCCUCUGUCGCUGCCGCCAUGGAAGCCCUUUAUCAUCAGACCAAUAAGCAAGUCCAUGAAGUUCACUCAUACAUGAGCCGUCUGGAGACAACAGACAAGCAAUCAGUUCACUUGGUAGAAAAUGAAAUCCAGGCACGAAUUGACAGGAUCUUCAGCAACCUAGAACGGCUAGAAAUUUUUUGUAACAAGGAACCUCCCAAUAAGCGGCAGAAUGCCAAACUCCGAGUUGACCAGUUGAAAUAUGACAUCCAGCACUUACAGACUGCGUUGAAGAACUUCCAGCAUCGACGCUAUGCUCGGGAGCAGCAGGAGAGACAACGGGAAGAGCUUCUGGCUCGGACAUUCACCACUAAUGAUUCUGACACCACCAUUCCGAUUGAUGAAACAUUACAACAUAAUGAAUCCCUUCAAAAUGCACACCGUGGCAUGGAUGAUCUUAUUGGCAGCGGAACCAGCAUCCUACAGGGCCUGAGGGAUCAGAGAGUGACACUGAAGGGCACCCACAAGAAAAUAAUGGACGUUGCCAACAUGUUGGGUUUAUCCAAUACAGUCAUGCGCCUCAUUGAGAAACGUGCCUUCCAGGAUAAGUACUUCAUGAUUGGAGGCAUGCUUGUGACAUGUGUGCUCAUGUUCCUUGUGGUGCAGUACCUGACGUGAGUGGCCAGAGACCUCACAAGUGGACUGUGUCAGAUCCCUUUCUUCAUAGACUUCCAACAUAACUGUGAACUUCCUAACUUCUGGAUUGGUCAUCUUCUCUGUAUGGCUCAUGUGAUACUUAAACUGGGUGGCAUCUGGGACAUUUCGGCACUGAAUGGGACCCUCGCAGCAUUAAGAAAGAGUGUCAUGUGGAAGGCACAUUGCCUUUGGAACACUCAAACUUAGCUGGCAGUGUGGUAUUCUUACAUUAGUGGCACAUUUCAUGUGGCCACACCAGGAAUCGUCAUUGAGAUCAACAAGAAAAGUACCCAGAUGUGCUGUGACUAUAACUAUGGGCUCCAUAAGAAUGCAAAGGCCAGAACUAGGUUAUGCAGCUGAACUAGGAACUAAGUUAUGCAGAUGAAUACCAUGGUCACCUGAGAUGAUCAAAAGAGCUGUGUGUGAGGGAUGGGCUAUUUUGACUUUAAUUACUGUGCUAGGAGGCCAGGAGUGUAUCUUGCUUCCCACAGUGGUCAAAGUAAAUAGAUACCUUCAUAGCCUGUUGCCAAAGUGCUGGGGCUUUUUUUUUUGGUGUGGGGUGUUGUUUUUGGUAUACAUGGCUUCUAUAUCUGCCGUUUUUCUGGCAUAAGCAGUUCAUGUAAGCCGAAGUAGUAUCAGUGAAAUGACUUGCUUUCAAAGAGUUAACAGUAAACAGUGUGUUCAGGGUUCUUGGUGUGACUGACAGCUGUAGAUACACCCCAAAUGUAAGGUUCUAGCCCUGGCUGCUUUAUCAAGGGAUGUGGUAGGCUGGGGAUGUGUAUGUUAGGCCAGUAACCUAUAUCCCAAUGGAGUAGUGAAUGUGCAAAGAUUCUUGAGAACUGUUUUUAUAAGAAACAUAAAUUGCAAUAGUUCACAGCGCAGAAAUAGCAUUUACCACAACCAGUAGGCUUUGGUAUUCAGCACAACAGUGCACUGGCUGACAAUUCCACUUUUUUGUGUGGAUGUGGGUGUUUCUACCCCUUUGUUCUCAUGGAUUCACAGGGAGCAGUAUAAGAAUGAAAAAGGUGGGGCAAGUGACUCGAGACUGGAGCAAGUAAUCUCAAUGAAUGAUGGCUUUCUGCUGCAAGACUUCUGUGGUUGUGAUUCUGUGCAUGUUUAACAUGGGAAUAAAUUCCAUUGUACUGACUACCAGUUAAAUUUGCAUAGCAUUAACUAUAAACUACCACCCCUUCUCCCAACUAAAUCUCCCAACCUCUCAUGAAUCCCACUGUCCUACAUAUUUCCUAUCGCACCAUCUGGUAAUCGGGUAAUAGUGCCCUGUGUGUGUAGGUGGUCACAAGAGAGAAAUAUGUAUUGAUCUCAUCCAUUGAUAAACUAAGCAUUGUGGUCUGUAAACUGUCAGAGCCCCAAGGCAGCCUUGCAGCCAUGCUCAAGUUUGAGUCCAUCGUUCUAGUUGGCAUAGUCUAUCCUAGUGGCAAAUAUAGUUGUGAGUUUCCUGAUAGCACACUGUACCUCAAAGUCCCAUUUAAUUGCCAUGUUAUCUAGGCUGUAGUUCAGAGCCUUUUACAUCUCUCCCAAAUGCAUUAGUGGGAAGCAGUGGCUUUCUGCCUUGUGCCGAAAUACACAUCCUAGUGUCACGUGCAAGUUGCUAUCUGAGCCUGUUCCUUUAUAAUUGCUUAUUUGAUUCUUGCUCCAUUCACACUGAUAUGACUAAUGUUUCAGUUGGUUUAAGCAGAUUAAAACCAUUUCCAAAAUAGACAAGGUAAACAUUAAACGUAGCAAUUGUAGUUUCGUUGUUUCUUUUUUUCCUCUGCCAUUACCAGCCUCUACUCACUUUUGUCUGUAGACUGAAAUGCUUUUUCCUUUUUGACGAGGGGGGGGGGAUAGGACAUGCUAUUUAAACUGUCAGUUGGAAAUCCUCCUGGUGGUGUUGAACUGCAACUCCCAGCAUCCCCCACUGUUGGCUGUGCUGGCUAGAGAUGCAGUCCAGUAACAUAUGGAGGGUUGGAUAGCUCUCACCUCUCACUUGAGAGAAGAGCAGUAGUAGCGGGACUUUUUUUUAAUAUACCAUUGUAGACCUGUUAUCUUGCCUUAUAGCGUUUUUAACAUACAAGUCCAGUGAUGUAUGUCUGUGUGUAUAGACUACAUGGGGUGGGGGGAACCCACUAUGAAAACAAAUGUACAACUUGUGCUGGAUAUGAGUGUGUCCAUGAGCUCCAUUUAAAUACUGUUUUCCAUGCACAAGUCUCUGUUUGAAAUUGCCCACUACCGGGUAUUGUGUGCUGCUGGGCCCUUUCUUAUCAAAAAUAGGUGAGAAAUUAACACAAGUGGUGUCACAGAAUAGUUAAGAACAUUGAAACUGAUGCAAAAAGGCAAACUGGAUAUUUGGGCAUUUUUUUUUACCAAUAAAUGUUUCAAAACCUUAUGGUGGUAAAGAGAGAAACUAGGCUUCUGAUUUGCAUCCAGUGGAAUUGGUCAAGGAAUUGGAAUGGUACAAAAGCCUGAAACUCCAUACAGUAAUUGUUGAUCAAUCUGUGAAACUCAAAUCCAAGUAUUCCAUAAAUUGAGAAUGCUACAAUUUGUUACAGGCAGCUAUAUUACAGGGAUCUCAUAAGGGAGCCUCUCCUACCCAGUACGCAGUGACAACUAUCUAUCAAUGUACUAGCAGAUGUCUGGCCUACUGUGGUUCUUCUCCAAGUGCAGUGCCCAGUUACCAGCCAUUGGGGAGAUGCUUUUGGACUUCAUUGAACUUCACUGUUGAAACUACAAGGUAUCUGUAAUAAAUGUAUUCAGUCCUUGUUUGAACUUA